AUGAAAAUUACGCAGCUCUACACGUACCCGAUUAAAUCGUUGCGAGGCGUCGCCCUCCCUGCGGCUUUGCUCACGAGGACCGGAUUCGAGUAUGACCGUCGAUUCAUGCUCCUGAAGGUCAACGCAAGCGACGAUGGUACCGACAACAACGGCAAGGUGAUUGUCACAUACCAGCCCACCGGCGUCGACGGCCACCGAAUCAAGACCCUGGAAAUUCCUUUGGUACCGGACGUGCGGGGGCUGGAAGAAUUAGGGAUUAUGAUGCACCAGAGCCCGACCAAAGGUUACAACAUGGGAACGAGUGUUUUGGAUAUCGGGUUGUCCUGGCGUACUUGGGACCUCACUGGAGACCGGUGCUGGGGAGUUUUCCCCCCGGGGAAGAGUGCGGCGCACCGAAAGCCAGCCACCACGCCGCUUGUUUCAACGCGGUCCGUGGCAACCCUGGCGGCGUUGACCCUGCUCCUGAAUGCUAUCGGGGUGCCUAUGGUGCGAGAGACCACCGGGUCGUCGUUGUUGCCCAGCCUAGCGGCCACAGCGGUCGCUGUGAUCCUGUCGGUUGCUCUGGGCCGCCGCGACUGGUCGCGAGGAGGGAAGCGGAAUGAGGAAAAGAUCACCUUUGCCGACGUGGCGCCAUACUUGGUAGUGUCGGAGACAUCCGUGCAGGACCUGUCGACGCGUCUGGCCGGUGACGUGGAGAUGGACGUGACCAAGUUCCGACCCAACAUUGUUGUGGCAGGAGCUGCAACGGCCUACGAAGAGGACUUCUGGGCAGAGCUAGCGGUGGGCGAGAAUGAAUCCCGGCUUCUUAUCACGGCGAACUGUGUACGGUGCCAGAGCAUCAACGUCGACUAUGACACGGGCAAGAUGGCCCGGGGGGAGGCGGGCAACGCGCUGAAGAGACUGAUGAAGGAUCGGAGGGUGGACAAGGGGGCAAAAUACAGCCCAGUAUUUGGGAGAUAUACAUUUUUGGACCGAGAAUCGGAGAAUACCCCGAUUCGAGUGGGAGACGAGGUAAUUGUGACGAAGAUGAUGGAUGAACGGUCGGUAAUCGGUGAGUUUCCUGAACUUCUAUGA